AAAUACAGCGUGUAGAGAUUAAGAAACAUCAUAGAGAUUAAGAAACAUGAUGAAUUUAGCCUCAUUAGUGCAGAGUUUGAGAACGUCUUUGCUACACAUUGAAAGCAGACUACUGCAAGCAGCAGGACUCGAGAGGCAACUGGAUUUAUACUUAUAGUUUUGCUACUUACUAAAUAACUGUUGACAUGACAAUGCACUUAUGUGUAUGUCUCUAGCUCCAGCAUUAUCUGUAAAUGGCUCAAGUAUUUUGCCUCAGCUCAACAAUGAGCAGGAGUUUGAGGAGCAACUAGAAGGCCCAGACCAGCCCCCGGGUUUCCUAGAUAGUAUCCUGUGGAUGGCUGCACCCAAAAAGAGACGUACUAUUGAGGUCAACCGUACAAGGAGGAGAUCCGAGAGCAAACUCUUAAAACUCAAGACUAACAUUGAGCCCUGUCCAGAGUGUGGCCAUCUUAAACAGAAACACAUCUUAUGUGGCUUCUGUUAUGCUAAAGUUUGUAAAGAAACUACCAAGAUUCGUCAACAAAUAAAAGAAAUGGAAGGCGGACCUUUUGGUGCUCCAACAGUGGAGACUGUUGUCCUAUAUGAGGGAGAAACUCCAAGCGCACAAGACAAAGACAAAAGAAUUGUAGAGAGGCCAAGAAAGCGCCCUGCAUGGUUUAAUGCAUGAUCUGCCUUUUUAUACAGUUUAAAAUCAUAAUCUCAAGUGGUAAAUUAAAUAUUCAAAUGUUGUAUACA